UUUUUGGCUUUGCUUUGUUCUUUUAUCUGCUAAGACAAAAACCCAACGCAAUUUUCUUCCUUUCCUUUUAAACGCUUAUACGCAAACUCUUGCUUUCUUGUUUUGCCAGUUAAUCAAGCGGUUAAAAGACCUUCGCACGUCUCUCACAAGAACAUCAAGAAAGCAAAGAAAAUGCCAGGCGAUAGAAAUUUUGGUGUGGCCAUGGACUUCUCCAAGAGCAGCAAGAGCGCUCUUAAAUGGGCUAUUGAUAACUUGGCUGAUAGAGGGGACACUCUUUAUCUUAUCCACGUCAGUCCUAACUCUCUUGAUGAGUCUCGCAACCAGCUCUGGGCUAAGUCGGGUUCUCCUUUGAUUCCUUUGGCUCAGUUUCGAGAGCCCGAGGUUAUGAGAGGCUAUGAUGUGAAGAUUGAUAUUGAAGUUCUUGAUAUGCUCGACACCGUUCACAGACAGAAAGAUGUGAAUGUAGUUACGAAACUGUACUGGGGAGGAGAUGCAAGAGAGAAGCUACUUGAUGCAGUCGAAGAUCUGAAGCUGGAUUGUUUGGUCAUGGGAAGCAGAGGACUUGGUACUGUCCAAAGGAUCUUGCUGGGAAGCGUGAGCACAUAUGUGAUGACACAUGCUACCUGCCCUGUAACCGUUGUGAAAGAUCAAGAAUCUCAGAAGUGAUGCAUAAAUUGAGCAGUAAAAUCAUCUAUGUAUCUUUGAUGGCAUUGCCAGUGAUGGGUUUGAAUCCGGCUUGUAGUACUGUUUGGUUGAUCAUCUGUUUUGAUCCUUUUGAGUACUUUGAUGGGUGGAGUUUGUUGAAUUUGAGAUCUCUCCUUCCAUCUACUGAUAAAAGAAAGAAUAAUGUACUGCCGUAGCAGCGCUUUGGUUUCAGAAUAAAAACUUAAGUUAUUAUC